ACAAUGUUUUGUUAUAAAAAUAUAGAAUUAUAGUGAGAUAAAUAACCUUCGUCACAGUUGAGGGAGCCGAGUCUUUACAAUUUCCUUUUGAAGAUGGAGAAGAUAGAGCACACAACAGUGGCCACCAAUGGUAUAAACAUGCAUGUGGCGUCAAUAGGCACAGGCCCUCCAGUUCUGUUUCUCCACGGCUUCCCUGAACUCUGGUACUCUUGGCGUCACCAGCUACUCUAUCUUUCUUCCCAGGGUUAUCGUUGCAUAGCCCCGGAUCUUCGAGGGUACGGUGACACCGAUGCCCCGCCCUCCGUCACGUCAUACACGGCUCUCCACAUCGUUGGUGACCUUAUUGGGCUCCUUGAUAAUUUGGGUAUUGAGCAGGUUUUCUUAGUGGGUCAUGAUUGGGGUGCUUUGAUUGCUUGGCAGUUUUGUUUGCUUCGGCCAGAUAGAAUCAAGGCCUUGGUCAACCUCAGUGUCGCAUUUAAUCCCAGAAACCCAAAGUUUAAGCCUGUGGAUGGCUUCAAGGCGCUGUUUGGUGAUGAUUUUUAUAUUUGUAGGUUUCAGGAACCUGGAGAGAUUGAAGAAGACUUUGCUCAAAUUGAUACUGCAAAGCUUUUGAAGAAAUUUCUUGCAUCUCGCAGUCCAAAACCUCCUUGUAUUCCCAAAGAAAUAGGAUUUAGAGGUCUACCAGAUCCUCCAACCUUGCCUCCUUGGCUAUCUGAAGAAGAUGUCAACUAUUACGCAACCAAAUUUAACCAGAAAGGCUUUACCGGAGCAUUGAACUACUACCGUUGUAUGAACUUAAACUGGGAGCUUACAGCAGCAUGGACAGGUUCUCAAAUCAAAGUUCCGGUUAAGUUUAUCGUGGGUGACCUGGACCUUACUUAUCAGUUUCCAGGUGUGAAGGAAUAUAUAAACAAUGGUGGUUUCAAGAGAGAUGUACCAUUUCUUCAGGAAGUAGUUGUAAUGGAAGGGGGAGCCCACUUUCUCAGCCAAGAAAAGCCAGAGGAAGUCAAUGCACACAUUUAUGACUUCAUAAAAAAGUUCUGAUGGCAUUUGCCAUUUUAGCAUGCCGCAUCCUUGAAGGUCUGAUCUAUUAUUUUCAUUUCUAGUUUGGUGGAAAGAAUCCGUGUAGGUCUGGUUGGAGAUAGGGCCUUGUCUGCUUAUCUUGUAUCUUGUUGGAGGAUUUUCCAUCCUUCAUCAGUUCUAUUUGGUUCUGUUUCAUUUCAUAACCAAUGAAUAAGAAUAGAGGUAGCUGCCACCUUGUGGACUGAGGUUGGUUUUAGAUUUGAUCAUGUUUGUAAAUUUGGGGUGUCAGGCAUGUACCUACUACGCUAUCAAACCAACAAUAAUAUGAAAAACUUGGGUCUCAAUUAUAUC